CUGUAUGACAGUACAUAUUCUUUUUGUCCCAGGAAUAGUAUUGGAGUUACAAUGGACACAAGCUCAAAUGUAAAGUCGCUCGCAGCGAAGUUUAACUCGGUGCCUCAUCCCAUGGAGGAUUCAGAGAAGUCACCUGUACACCCCGGUUUCAAGGGAAUACAAGACAGAAGAGCUGGUUUUGAAAAUAAUUUCAGCCCUGCUGUCGAUUUUCAAGCAAAAAAGCCUGCUUCACCAAAACCGACAUAUGGCUUGAAACCUGUAACAGAUGAAGUAAAACCUUCAAUAGCAAGACCCAUCGUAGGAGUUAAUAGAAUUGGAGGCUCUUUUCAAGCUAACAAGGAAACUGAACCAAAAGGUGUCUUUCCAAAACCCCCAGGGUUCAAGCCUCCUGACCUGCACAAAGAAGAAGCCCGAUCACCAUUUCCUAAACCGAUUGGAAAUAAAACUGCUUUUGGUGGGACCCCUCCACAAGAACCUAGGUUUGGAGCUAUCAAGUCAGCAUUUGAGCCAGAACAUAAGGAAAAUCAAGAAAAACCUGUAUUUCCCAAACCAUCUGCCAUAAAAGGACUCAAUGCGGCCACAGAAAAUGUAUCAAAACCUAUAUUUCCCAAAAAGCCACAGCUGGGCGGGAAACCUCCAGGGAAUGUCGGCACAUUGCCUACAGAAAAUGCAGUUAGCAACAAUACCUUUGUGACUAAGACCUAUUCAACAUCUCUUGAUAAUAAGCCAUUCAUACAGUCUAAAGAACCCGCUGAAAGCAAUGCUCAAGCGAAUUCACGGCCAACGGGAAUUAAAUCUAUCCAGAGUCCAUUUCUGAAGCAAGCUGAGGAGGAACAGAACACUGGUGGCCCACGCCCAAAUUUCCCAGUAAAAAGUUUUCAGAACAAAACGAGUCAAGAUUCACUGUUCCCAAAACUGCAAUCAUCGGGUCAGGUGUCCAGGUUUGGGGAAAAACUUAAGGAACAUGCACAACCCUCAGAACCCAAGAAAAAAACCCUGACUCCUAUGUUUAAAUUAGGUCCUGCACCCCAGAAGCCCGUUCGGCCACCAAAAGUAGACCUCACACGAUUUAAAGGUACAAAAGGAAAUGGACACAGUAAAGGACUACUCACUGAACAGAGGUCAUCGGCCCUUUCAACAGCACUACCUCCACCUCCACCAUUGACACCAACCACUAGUGCACCAACUCCCAAUUCAUCAGCCAAACAACCUGCAGGCCCUCCACUACCUCCCAGUUUACCUCCCAGAAACAUCAGAGCUCCUACAGAAACUACGAUACCAUCUGAUGAAGAAGACUAUGAUGAUGUGGAUGAUAAUGUUUUUAACAAAGCCUUUUCUCUUUCAGGUGGAAUGUUUCCUGAUGAUAUGAGCAUGGAAAGUGAUGAAGAAUUUUAUGAAGGAAUUGACCAAGAAAGCACUCAACAUCGAAAAGAGGAAGAACUAAAGAAAGACAAACAGGAAAAAAAGAGGUUGGAACAAGCCAAAAAAGAGCAAAAGGAAAAAGAGAAAAAAGAUCAGGAAAUGAGGAAAAGAUUCAAGUUCACAGGUGAGAUUGAAGUCCUUCACCAGGCAAGGGCCUGCAACGACUACAAAGGUGGAAAAAAUGAGCUUUCGUUCAAGCAGGGAGAGCAGAUCGAAAUCAUUCGUGUUACAGAUAACCCAGAAGGAAAGUGGCUGGGCAGAAUGAAAGGAUGCUAUGGCUACAUCAAGACAACUAUGGUGAAUAUCGACUAUUACUCACUCAGAAGGAAAAAGUCAACAAUGAGUGUCCCGAUAAAACCACAUGACAGUGACCAAGAGAUAUAUGACGACGUUGGAGAAGAUGAAAGCAAUCACAGUGCUAGUGGAAGUGGUGCAUUCUUCCCACCACCUCCAAGCAGCGAUGAAAUCUAUGAUGGAGUUGAUGAUGGCAAUGAUGGCUCUGUACCACAGGAUGAAGACAAAGGAAAGGGACGUUCGUGGGGGAUUUUACAGAAGCUGAAAGGGAAUGAUUCCAAAAAGAAAAGUUUUUAUUCAAAAUCAAAAAAAGAAGAUAGUGAAGACAAUGAAUUUGUCCUAUUAUCUCAAUCUGGACAUGAUAACGAUGUUUAUGACGAUGUGGAUUCAAGUGACUUCCCUCCACCUCCACUGACGAGUUUAUCUUUGAAUACAAAACCGUUACCUGGAAAACCCGCUGAUAAAGAUUACAGAACUCUGAAAAAAAUGGAGAAGGAAGAGAAAGAAUUCAGGAAAAAGUUUAAAUUCAAUGGUGAAAUCCGAGUCCUCUCAUCAGUCCAGGUAGCAGCCAAUCUAACUUCAAAGAAGUUUGGUUCUAAAGAUUUAUCUCUAAAACCUGGAGAGUCCUUAGAUGUAAUACAGAACACAAAUGAUACCAUGAUUCUGUGUAGGAAUAAUGAAGGAAAAUAUGGUUACGUUUUAAGAAGCAACUUGGCUGAUGAUGAUGGCGAAAUAUAUGAUGACAUUGGUGAAGAAUGUAUCUACGACAAUGAUUAAUCGAACACGAGAACAUUUAAAAAAACUCAGUAUAGUGAUAUUUCGUUUGCUAAUUUGAAUCUACAAGCAAUGUGGCACUAGGUGAUGCUCCUAAGACAUUGCCCUUGUAAAGACACCUUCUAAAACCCAUCUGUUUCUAUUUUUGUAUGAAAAAAAAUGAUGUUUUGGUAAUGUCAUAUUUAUUAAUUUCUCAUAAUAUCAGGGAAAUUGGUCUUCUAUAAAGAAAAUAAUUACAGCCAGUUUGAAAUAUUUUGAUUUAUGAGUUUAAUAUUGUUGAGUGUAAAAUGGAAUAGGGAUUUCUUAAUAAACUUAAAUAAACUUUUUCUAUAAAUGUGAAGAAAUUAUAAUUAUGAAAAAUGCAUUGUUUAACGUUAUUGAUGAAUGAAACACUGCCAUGUCUGGUAGAAGAACCAUUGUGUAGGUAAAGAUAUAGUCCGUGCCACACUCCAAUUAAGUACAGUUAAGCAUCUUUCUACUGCUUGUAUUGGCAAAUAUAUAUUGGCUGGUUAGAGUAGUGGUAACAUAGACACCUACCUCAAAUCCUCAUAGAUUGUAAGCUUGUUUUACCAGGGACCUCUUCACCUCUACAUAUCCCCUUUCCGCGCUGCGGAAUAUGAUGGCUCUAUAUAAUUAUUAACAAUAACAAUCCAGUAGAUUCUAUGUUAGUUAGAACUCGUGAGAAAAAAAAAACUGUCUUGGCUUCUCCUUGUAUAUGUGUAUGACAUCUUUAUCCAGAUUAGGAUCUGGCAAACAACUUGGCAAAAAAGAAAACAAAAAAUCCAAAAUGUGAAAAAUGGAGUUGUUCCACCAUAAUGUAUGUGUGACAUCUUCUUGCAGUGUCUAGAGAAGAGCCAAUCACAGAGGGUAAACGGGAUAGAUGGGUGAGUUAUUAGUAUACUAUGAACUUAGUAGAUCGCCCAGAUACUUACAGUUCUUCAGUACUGCUGUGUCAUAUCACUGCCCAAUUCCAAAAUAAAUAGAAUUGCCAAAAUCUACUUUCAAUGUAGUAUUACAUUGUUGUUUUUUUUUGCAAAUAUAUGUGUACUCACUGCCAUGGCACUUCUGCUUGGACAAUGUAAAAGAAUUAUGAAAAUAAAAAUACUUUGGCAGGUGACAUGUAACGACAUAUUCUGAUAAUAAUUAGUGUCAAGCUUCCUUAUUUAUAGAAAUCUUCCAGAAUAAAAUACAUCAAGCUGUUUCUGCAAAUAGUAAUUCUACAAAAACAGGUGUUUUGUAGAUUCCGUCUAGAGGUUAAUGGUCUCAUGGAAGAUACUGGGAAUAAAUAAUUAAAUAUAAUUAAUUAGAAUAGGAGUCCCAGAAAGGAUAUAAUAUGGGAUUUGCUCCGCCCUUUCACAAAAGCAGAAAAAGAAGCAGUUGAAAAAGAAGUAGAAAAAAAAGCAGUCUAAGAUUGGGGAUGGCAACCUAUGGCACUCCAGGUGUUGUGGACUACAUCUCCCAUGAUGCAUUGCCAGCAGCGUAGCUAUAAGAGCAUUAUGGGAGAUGUAGUCCACAUCGUGAGUGCUGAGGGUUGCCAACCCCUGGUGUAAGCAUUCUGACCACUCUAUGGUGAUGGUUAUUAUGACAUUAGGCAGCAAGCAACAUUCCCUAGUAAAAUAGUUUUUGAGUGGCUGACCAAUACCAUGGGUCCUCAUAGCACCAUCAGCCUGGCCUCGUACCUAUAUUUCAAAGCUAUUUAUUGGCUGAGCAAGUCAGCUGACCUGUUAUGCAAUAAACGUAGGUUGUUGUAGGUUUUUUUCG